AUGAACCUAGAGGAACAUGCAGUGAAUUUGGAAAUGGUUCUUCAACGUUUGAAGGAACAAAAACUUUAUGGAAAAUUUUCUAAGUGUGAAUUUUGGCUAGAAAAGGUGAGUUUCUUGGGCCAUGUGGUGUCAGGAGAAGGGAUAUCUGUGGAUCUUACCAAGAUAGAGGUAGUAAUUCAGUGGAAACCUCCAAAAAAUGCUCAGGAGGUGAGAAGUUUUCUCGGAUUAGCAGGGUACUAUAGGCGGUUCGUAGAAGGGUUCUCGAAAAUAGCUACGCCAAUGACCGCUCUUACCCAUAAAAUUGUUAAGUUUGUAUGGACCGAACAGUUUGAGAGGAGUUUCCAAGAACUAAAGACGAGAUUGACCACCACCCCAGUGCUGACUAUCCCCAGUGGGACAAAGGGAUAUGUGAUCUACAGUGAUGCCUCAGGACAAGGACUGGGGGCGGUACUGAUGCAAUAUGGCAAGGUGAUAGCUGAUGCGUCCCAAAAACUAAAGAAUUACAAAAUGAACUACUCGACACAUGACUUAGAGUUGGCUACAGUAGCAUUCGCAUUAAAAAUUUGGAUGCAUUAUCUCUAUGGGAUACAUUGUGGCAUUUACUCUGACCAUAAGAGCCUCAAGAAAGGCCAAUCAGGUGGUAGAUGCUUUGAGUCAGUAGCCGAUGGCAUACGUGAUGACAGUGCUGGAAAUGCCAUUGGAACUGAAAGGUGA